CAUCUACUGCUGGAUUUCACCAGGAUCCCCCAGAUCAUCUUACACCGGAUAGACCACCUGCAGGAUUAUGUUAGGAAAGAGGAGGAUUUCACUGACCAGCAGCUCUAUGAACAGGAUAGGAAUUCCAGUUUGGAUCAAGAGGAACCAGAAGCUCUGCAGAUAAAAGAAGAGCAGCAAGAACCAGAACAUCCCUGGACAAAAGAGGAAACCAUGGAGCUCCCCAUAGACCUCCUUCAGGAUUAUGUUGUAAAAGAGGAGGAUUUCUCUGACCAGCAGCUCUAUGAUCAGGGGAGGAACUCCAGUUUGGACCACGAGGAACCAGAACCUCUUCAGAUAAAAGAAGAGCAGCAAAAGCUAGAAAAUCACUGGACAAAAGAGGAAACCACGGAGCUCCCCAUAAGUGAGCAUGAAGAGCAACUUGUUCUGAAACACGAGACUGAAGAUACAGGAGAGAAACCUUCCCCAUGCUUAACAUUGGAAGAAAACUUUAUAAAAAAAGAACAUUUAAUGGAUCACAUCAGAAUUCACACAAGCGAGAAGCCUUUUGAAUGUUUGUCCUGUGGAAAAAGCUUCACCUCUAAAUCUGAUCUUGAUAAACACAACCGAAUUCACACAGGUGAGAAGCCUUUCACCUGUACCAUUUGUAAGAAGAAUUUUUCUGAAAAGGGUAAUUUGACUUCUCACAUGAGAAUUCACACAGGUGAGAAACCUUUCUCCUGUGCCUUUUGUAACAAGAAGUUUACUAAAAGGAGUAAUUUGACUUCUCACAUGAGAAUUCAUACAGGUGAUAAGCCUUUCUCCUGUACCAUUUGUAACAAGAAUUUUACUGAAAAGGGUAAUUUGACUGCUCACAUCAGAAUUCACACAGGUGAGAAACCUUUCUCAUGUAUCAUUUGUAACAAGAAUUUUACUGAAAAGGGUAAAUUGACAUCUCACAUGAGAAUUCACACAGGUGAGAAACCUUACUCCUGUACCAUUUGUGAAAAGAAUUUUUCUGAAAAGUGUAAUUUGACUUAUCACAUGAGAAUUCACUCAUUUGAUAAUCCUUUUUCCUGUACCAUUUGUAAAAAGAAUUUUACUGAAAAGGAUAGUUUGACUUCCCACAUGAGAAUUCACACAUUUGGGAAUCCUUUUUCCUGUACCAUUUGUAAAAAGAAUUUUACUGAAAAGAGUAGUUUGACUCGUCACAUGAGAAUGCACGCCGAUGAGAAGCCUUUUGAAUGUCUCUCUUGUAGAAAAAGCUUCACCUCUAAGUCUGAUCUUGAUAAACACAUCAGAAUUCACACUGGUGAGAAACCUUUUUCCUGCAUGAUUUGUAGCAAAAGUUUUACUCAUAAAGGUAAUUUGACUAGACACAUGAGAAUUCACACAGGUGAGAAGCCUUUUUCCUGUACAACAAAACAAGAAUUUUACUACAAGGAGUCAUUUGACACAUGACACUUGGGAAUUCAGACUGGUGAGAAACCUUUUGAAUGUAUGUCCUGUGGAAAAAGCUUCACUCAGGAAUCUCAACUUCAUAGACUUAUGAGAAUUCACACAUGUGAGAAGCUGUUCUCCUGAAUUAAUUGGGACAACGGUUUUAAACGAGAAAGCAAUUUGAGUAUACAAAUGACAUUUAUUCAUGCAUGACCUGUAAUGAUUUAUAUAUUUCUUUUAAAAAAACAUUUGUUUCACAUAAGUUGAGAAACUCACUGGUUAAUGGUCUUUUUUGAGAAAGCCAUUAAUUAACAGCUCUGUUUAUAGAAACCAGAACAGAUAAGGUGUUAUAUUGUAAACCUUGUAAAUAUUUAGAUCCUGGAUAUGUGAAUGUGAACAUCUGAAAGGUAAUAAUUUGGGGCCUGAGUAGCUUAGAUUUAAAUGGCCCAAAAAAAAAAGAAUGUUGCCUUAACAAAAAAAAAAAAAGAUUAAAUUCAUAGUUUCUUACUUUUUCUGUAAUGAAGGGAAUAAACAUAAUAAAGUGCAAGAACAACAUCUUUGUUACAGAUGAAGUACGUUUGCUGUCCAUUCAACAAGCAAGUGAGAAGUUAUAGAUGUUUAAAUUGAACAAAAAAAAAUCCAGACAGACACCUACUGUGCCAUUUUGGCAUGGAGUGGCACAACUUUUUCUGAAUUAAUUUAUUCAGGAAAAAAAAAAAAA